AUGAUACGCAUUAUACAUAUAUAUAGAUCUAUUGCUUUCUAGUGUUUGAUAGUUGUUCAGGUAUAAAGAGAAUUUCCAAUUGGGUGUUCUUUCAUUUUUUUGUUGAAGAUUCGCUCCCUUGGAAUUCUCUUUGAUUAUUGAUAUGGGUUUUGGGUGUAAUUUGAUUUUGGUAUUGGUUGGAUUGAUUUUUUUGGGUUCAAGAUUGAUUGAUGCUUUUGGGACUUUUGGAUUCGAUAUACAUCAUAGAUACUCUGAUCCAGUGAAGGGGAUUUUGGAUAUUGAUGAUCGUCACUUGCCGCAGAUGGGUUCAGUCGAUUAUUACACUGCUAUGGCCCAUCGUGACCGUAUCUUCCAUGGCCGCCGUCUCGCCGGCGCCGGCACCGUUGAAUCCUCGUUAGCGUUUAUUGAUGGCAAUGAUACUUACCAGCUUCCUUCUCUCGGAUUUUUGCAUUACGCGAAUGUUUCGGUCGGUAAUCCGAGUUUGUGGUUUCUGGUGGCACUCGACACCGGGAGCGACCUGUUUUGGAUACCCUGCGAUUGUCGCAGCUGCGUGAAGGGCUUGGUCACAAGAACCGGAAGGCAACUUGAUUUCAAUAUAUACAGCCCUAACACAUCGUCCACGAGCAAGAGAGUCCCGUGCGAUAGUAGCUCGUGCAGACUACGGAAACAAUGCUCUGCUAGACCCGAUAUUUGUCCGUAUCAAGUCAAUUAUCUUUCGAGCAAUACGUCAUCCACCGGAAUCUUGAUAGAGGAUACUUUACAUUUGACAACGGAAGAUAGUUCAAUGAAAGCUGUAGAUGCAAAGAUCAAGUUUGGCUGUGGAAUCAUCCAAACUGGCUCGUUUUUAGAUGGUGCAGCCCCUAACGGUCUGUUUGGGCUUGGCAUGGAGAACUUAUCGGUCCCUAGCAUUCUAGCCAGCAGCGGUCUUACGGCCAACUCCUUCUCCAUGUGCUUCAGCUCUGAUGGUGCAGGAAGGAUCAAUUUCGGAGAUAAAGGCAGCUUGGAUCAAGGAGAAACACCGUUGAACCUCGAUACACCUCAUCGAACUUAUAACAUCAGCAUGACACAAACGGUCGUGGGAGACAACGUUACUGACAUUGAUUUCAGCGCGAUUUUCGACACCGGUACCUCGUUCACGUAUCUGAACGAUCCCGUAUACACGAUUAUUAGCGAAAGUUUUGCUUCACAGACGGAAGAGACGCGGAGUCAGCCCAGUUCCGAUCUCCCCUUCGAGUAUUGCUAUGAUAUCAGUCCGAACCAGCAGACGGUCCAAGCACCAUUGCUGAAUUUAACGAUGAGAGGAGGAGACCAGUUUUCCGUCACCGAUCCACUCGUCUUUGUUCCUCUUGAAGGGGGCGGGACGGUGGUCUGUUUGGGGAUUGCCAAAAGUGAGGACGUAAAUAUCAUUGGGCAGAACUUUAUGACGGGAUAUCGAGUAGUGUUUGAUCGUGAAAAGAACAUUUUGGGUUGGAAAGCUUCUAAUUGUUACGACGCUAUAGAAUCGAACACGCUCCCGAUAAGCCCACGAGUGUCCCCUAGUGGGUCACCGGCUAUGUCUGUUGGACCUGAAGCAACAGCAAGGAACAGAUCGCCAAGGUCGAGACAGGCUCAGCCAGGAAGCAUGGCAUCGGGGCUGAAGAGGUUAUCAUACACGCAUUUCAUAGUCGUGGCCUCUAUUCUAACGAUUUUUUUCAUGUGAUUUUUAAAGAGUUACGUUCAUAUUGUACGAUGAUGGCGCAGUGUAGUAUAUACGAUAUAGUAUAGAAUCAUGAUACAUACAGAGCUACUUUACGAUUCUUAUUUAGUUUUGAUGUAAAUAUGAUAGUUUUGUUUGUCGAGACGAAUUACAGUUUACGGUUAAUAAAACAUCGGUUUACGUUUAAUAAA